GGAGUUCUUUAAAAUCACUUCUUGAAGUUUUGCCUUAAGAAUAAGAAGUUUAAAACUUUAGCUUCCAAGGGGUCAUCUCAGCAGCUUCCAUGACUUCAGGCUGACCCAAGGCUGAAACCAUACUAGAAAUAUGGGCAUUUUAUUUUUUCCCAAAACAGUUUUCUGUAGUCCUUGGGAGGAAAAAAGGAGGACCAUUACUUUAAAAUCUACUUUUACGUCACUUUGCAUUCUUUCCUUUUCUCUCUGAGGUUCUCCUUUAUUCUCUAACACCGAAUCUCUUUUGAGUUCAUAUAAUAGUCAUCUUCCUUUCUUCAAAGAAAUCCAUUUCAGUCACUAUGCUCAUGCCUCCAAAAGAGCACCUUGAGUUUGUUGCUGCUCUACUGGCUCUUUCCUUGCCCCUUUCUCUUCUUCCUCCCUUUUUUUGGACCUACUGCCAAUUCUUGGCACAUAGGUGCUUAUUAAUUUGAAAUUCUCCCUCUUCUCUUCCAAAACUUUGUUUUUGCAAUCCCUUUUGCCCACUUAGAGAAUAAUUUUCAAUAUCUCUUCACAUCCUUGAAUAAAAAAACAACUGGACAGAAGUUUAGGGUUUGUUGUUUGUUUUUUGCCAUUUUAACCCAGCCAUAGUACUUAGAAAGACAUUUAGGAGGGCGUAAGUAAGUGGUGUUGAAGAACAUAGGACUUAUUCCUUAAGCCACACACCAAACCCAACUGUGGGACUUGCUAGUCCUACCUCAUUUGUGAAUAUAUAUGAACUUGGAAUUUUGGAACAGCUCUGACAUCGUGGCCAAGCACUCAUCCGGUCUCUGACUUAAGACGUCCAAACACCCACAUUGUGCUUCUGUCCAAGUCUAAUAACGAGGGUGUUUUACCUGAUACCAAAUUUAAAUUUUUCCCUUUGUACCUUCUUCCCAUUGUUCUUGGUUCUAUCGUCUGAUGCCAAACAGAAGAAAUUUAGCGCUUCUUUAAUGUGAAAGCCUUGUCCCUUUCUUGAGUGAGUCUCUUCUUGUCCAGACUAAACUUCAUCAGAUCUCAAAGCCAAGCUUUAUCGCUUUAUAUGGCUUGGGCUCUAGGUCACCAUCCUGUUUAUUUCGGGGUCUUUUUUUAAACAGCAACAUCCAGAAGAAAAUAUAGGCCUCAGGCAUGGUCCUACUAAAGCAAGGUACAGGUCUGCUGCCUGCUGUUCCAGGAAGAGUGGCAUUCCUGGAAGUUUUGCCUCAGUUAUUGUAGCCCAGGAGGCAUUGCCCUUUUUGGCUGCCCCAUCACAGGGCUUGGAAUCCCCCAGAAUCCCCAGAUAUUUUUCAGACAUGUCUUCUCUUUCUUUUACUUAGGAAAACAUAAGACUUUAUAAUUAUCUCUGUUGAAUUAUAUCUCAUUAGAUUGAACCUGAUAUUCUCACUUGUUUAUAUCUUUUUUGGAUCCUGACUCUCAUCCAGUAUACUAUUUCUCCCAGCUUCGUGUCACUUGCACAUUUCAUGAGCGUGCCAACUAUAGCUGCUAAAGGUCUCAGGGUCCCUCCACUGGAGAAUCUCUGACAGGAUAUUGAGUCUUUAUGACCAAUUCUUAGAACUCAGCCAUUUGCCCCAUUUGGAUUCUGUUUUCUAGUUCACACAUAGCUCCAUCUGCUCUAUAAAGCAGCUAGAGACACUUUUUAAACUUUUUUUUUUAGACCCUUCCCUUAUGUCUUGGAAUCAAUACUCAGUAUCGGUUCCAAGGCAGGAGAGCAAUGUUACACAACUAGGGUUAAGUGACUUGCUUAGAAGUAUCUCGGGCCAGAUUUGAACCCGGGACUUCCCUUCUCCAGGAUUGAUACUCUAUCCACAAAGCCACCUAACUGCCCUCCUUUCAAAUGUUUUUCCUAAAAUAUAAGUGAACUCCAUCAACAACAUGCUGUUGUGGUCAGAUGAAGUAAACUGAAGCGCAGAGGAUCAGUAAAGCACAAAUUACCAAUAAAUAGGAUCUCAACUUCCCCAGCAAAGCUAAGACCCCAGGGUAGGGAAUGACCCUCCUUUUUAUAGUUUCCAGGGAUCUACAGAACAAAGAAUAGGCUUUCCUAGGUAGGGAACAAGUUCUGAUUCAUUCGAAAUUGGGAAUGAGGGGCUGACAACAGCCCUUUCCUUCCCUCCUGUGCCUAAGAAAAUUUCAUUUUGUUGAGUCUACUUGAAAGGCUAGAGAUGGUGGCCCAGACUUCUUUGAAUAACAAACCAGACUCCCUUGGAAGGUAACAGAUUUUCUUGACACAAGAUAAGAACAAUGAUUAACAAAAGAACUCAAUUCCUAAACUGAACUCAGUGCAGGCUAGCUGACAUCCUGAGCUAAAGUCAGAGACAGAAUCUUGAAUUGGGCAGUUAACAACAGGACAAAAUCAGCUUUAAAUAGAAUUAAAAGAUACAGAAUCAUUCUAAUGAUUUCAGCUCCCUUAUCUGCCAAUUCUGUAGCCAUGGCAUUCUAGUUCCGUGAUUCUAGCCACACUGAUGAGAGAGAGCCUGGCUCAGUUCUAGAAUUGUGGUUGGCCAGGUUGACAGGGUUUUUCUCUGAUUGACUUACAUGUUGCAAUAUAGAGCAGUAUUAACUUCAUAAACUUCUAUAGCACCUGUCUCCAAAUUGUCAGGAGACUUCUGGGAACUGAUGGGAAAUAAGGCCAAGAUACCAAAACAGUCUUUGAGAACAACACAAACUGGACACAUUCUUAAAUCAACACAGAAUACCGAUGGCAGGCAUGAAAGCCUUUUACAGAAGAGUCGAACUGCCUCUGAUCCUUCACAGGCAAAAGGUGAUAAAAGCAGGAUGAUUUUCUCACCGGCAAAGAGUUUCUCAAAGGAAGACCCAGAUACUGGCCGUCUUUGUGUGCAGAGGAACAGUACAGCUGAAACCCCUGACUCCUGGAGGACUAAACAUGACAAACAGUCGGCAGCAUUUAAACAGAAGCCUCAGAAGAAACACAUGACAGUUGAAGAUAUUAGGAAUAGUUUGGUAUGUCUAACAGAGGAACAGCUCCAACAGAUUUUGAUGGCUGUCAGCCAAGGGAAUAAACCAAUUUCACAGAUUGAGAAUGGAAAGAAAGAAGAAAAAUGUCAAAACAACUUACAUCUUACCAGUUUACCUAAUGAAUCAAAGGACGAGAAUAUUAUGGGAUUACUUCAAAAAGCUGAAGACAUUUCACCUAUCCCAGAUGACCAUAUCUCUGUGUUAAACAAAAAACAGAAGACCUCGAUGCCGUGUGAGCAGAAACUUGCAAUAAAGACUGUAUGGAAACCAGCUGAUAUGUUCAGUACUCUGGGGGAGAGGGAGAGAGAGAAGAGUUUGUUGGAAGCAAAGAAAUUCCAGUGGAGGAAGGAACUAGAUGAACAGGUUGCUUUAAAGAAGAAAGAAAAAGAAGCCUCUGAAGAGCAGAAGAAAUGCCUUUGGGGCAAAUGUGGGAGCGCUAAAACCAUUUGGAACAAUUUCGAGGCAGUGGACCAAUGGCAGUCCCCUCUGAGUCCAUCUAGUGUUCUCUCCAGGUCGCCGAAUCCAAGGCUGUCGGCCCAUCCUAGUGGGGAUUCCAUACCUGGGACUAGCCAGACUCUGGAAAUGGCACUUCCAGCUGAAUUUAACCCUGCUGCUGCUGCUGAGGAGACCCAGCUUUUUAAGAAUGUUUCCAGAGGAAACUCAAGCGAAGUUGUACCCCCCAGUCACUACUCCAGACCACGUGGGAAACCCUCAACUUUCAGUUCUCCAGAUUUGCCAGCAGCCAUUCGGACAGCCUUUGUUUUAGGGGAAGCUACACCACUGGAGCAUCCUUUCAGCGCUGUGAGAAAAGAGCAGCAGCGGAAAUGGAUUGAAGAACUGAACAAACAGAAGGAAGAAGAUAAGCAACGAAAACUCAAGGAAAAAAUGACAUAUGCCCAGGGUGAAGAACAUGACAGAUGGGCCAUGCAUUUUGAUUCCUUAAAAUUCUAUCCCAGUUCUCAGUCUCAACUCUCCUCUCGUGCAACCCAGAAACAGUCCGACUACUUGUGCGUCUCCCCAGAAAUGACUGAUGUUAGCAGUCCUUACACUCCUUUGUCUGGGGGCCAGCUUGGAUCUGCAGAGGAGAACUUGGGGAAAUCUACUCAGGAUGUGGCUACUACAAAUGUGGAGAAAACCAGUUUCCUUCGCUCUAUGACUGCACUUUUGGAUCCUGCUCAGAUUGAGGAAAGGGAUAGACGAAGACAAAAACAGAUAGAACAUCAGAAAGCCAUCACGGCUCAGGUGGAGGAGAAGCGAAGGAAGAAGCAGCUCGAGGAGCAGCAGAGGAAGCAGGAAGAAGACGAGGAGGAGCGGCGCCUGGCCCGGGAACGGGAGGAGAUGCAGAGGCGCUUUGAGGAGGACCUGCUCGAGCAGAAGCGAAAGGAAGAGAUGAUGGCCCUGAAGACGAGCGAGCUGUACCAGAGCAUGCAGAGGGCGCAGGAGCUGGCGCAGCGGCUGAGGCAGGAGCAGCGCAUCCGCGAGCUGGAGCAGAAAGGCCACGACAUCUCGAACCUGCUGCGCAGCCUGGCCGGUGAGCCGAGCCCAGAGCCGAGCCCAGAGCCGAGCAGCCACCAUGCGGGAGCGGCGGCCGGCCCGGGGGUCCCCACUGGGGCCUCCCCGCGACGGGACACGGCCGUGCAGACAGACGACCCGCCGCCAGGCCGCGGCAUUGCGGAAACGGGGCCGGAGCCGGCGGACGGGAGCGAGCGGGUCGACCUGCUCUCCCCGGAGCCCUCCCUGGCGGAGGACGGGCUCGAGGAGGCCCGGAAGGCGUCCCCCGAGAAGGAGAACAGCUUCCGGCACCUGUACGAGCCCUUCGCCAGGACCGAGCGGCCGCCCAGGCCCCGCGGGAGGGCCGCCAAGAAGCCCGACUGGAACAUCAACCGGCCGGCCAAGAAGUACGUGCCGGCCUCCGAGCGCUACCCCAAGCACCUGCAGCGCCAGCGCGAGGAGAAGAAGGUGCGGCGGCAGAUGGAGCUGCUGCAGCUGCUGGAGAGGAACGCGCCGGCCCGCCUCUUCCUGCCCCCGCCCGACGCCUCGCCCCCGCCCCGCCAGGACGCCCCGGAGCCCCGCAGCCCGCAGGAAGAAGAACAGAAGAACCUGCAGCCCAGCCAGGAAAGGAGCAGGUGCGAGUCCCCCCCAGUCCCGGCCGUAAGAAACCGCCUACAGCAGGCGUCCCUGAACCAGCCCGGCGCCCCCCCGGCCCCCCGCUUCAUCCCGUACGUGAGGACCCACGAGGUGUACUGCCUGGACGCCGACGCCGACGCAGCACACCCGGGCUCAGACGAUCCGGACUACCAGGAGCAGCUGGCAGGCUGCAGCCACGUCCGAGAUCCACUCCUCAACCCCAACCUGGUGAAGAACAGAGACCGGCAGCAGGCGAUCCUCAAGGGACUGUCCGACCUGCGCCAGGGCCUCCUCCAGAAGCAGAAAGAGCUGGAAACGCAUCUCCUCCCCUUAGCUCCAAGUCAAGAGGACUUUGAUGCUCCCUUCUAAGAGCCACAAGAGCCUGGAGCAAGGCGGACUGAGCCCUCGUCUCGUAGCGUGACGGCAUUACAUUCAUUAAAUUAUGGAAUGAUGGACUGGUCCAGCAGCCAUGGUUCUAUACUUGAAAUUGUUCAGGUUACUUUAUUGGAAAAUGACCUAGUAAAAGCUCCGUGGAAUGUAAAUAUAUUUCUUCAAAGAAUAAAACGGUAAAUAAACACUUUUGUAAAAAAUCCA